CGGGAGAAGUCGCGGAUCAUCCAGGAGGUGGAAGAGAACCCGGACCUGCGCAAGGGCGAGAUCGCGCGGCGCUUCAACAUCCCGCCGUCCACGCUCAGCACGAUCCUGAAGAACAAGCGCGCCAUCCUGGCGUCGGAGCGCAAGUACGGUGUGGCCUCCACCUGCCGCAAGACCAACAAGCUGUCGCCCUACGACAAGCUCGAGGGGCUGCUCAUUGCCUGGUUCCAGCAGAUCCGCGCCGCCGGCCUGCCCGUCAAGGGCAUCUUCCUCAAGGAGAAGGCGCUGCGCAUAGCCGAGGAGUUGGGCAUGGACGACUUCACCGCUUCCAAUGGCUGGCUGGACCGCUUCCGCCGGCGCCACGGAGUGAUGUCCUGCAGCGGCGUACCCCGCCCCCGGGCGCGCAGCUCUGCGCCCCGGCGCCCAGCAGCGCCCACCAGCCAGGCCCCGGUGCCCUCCGAGGGCAGUGGCGAGGGCACCGGCCUGCACGUUUGGGAGGAGCAGCAGCCGUCAGUUGUCGAGGGCUAUGCCUCGCAGGACGUGUUCAGCGCCAUCGAGACCAGCCUGUGGUACGACUUUCUGCCCGACCAGGCCGCUGGACUGUGCGGCAGCGAUGGCCGGGAGCGGAGGGCCACCCAGCGCCUUAGUGUCCUGCUGUGCGCCAACGCGGAUGGCAGUGAGAAGCUGCCCCCGCUGGUGGCGGGCAAGUCGGCCAAGCCUCGUGCGGGCCAGGGUGGCCUGCCCUGCGACUACACUGCCAACUCUAAGGGUGGUGUCACCAGCCAGGUGCUGGCCAAGUACCUGAAGGCCUUGGACGCCCGCAUGGCCACUGAGUCUCGCCGUGUCUUGCUACUGGCCGGCCGCGUAGCCGCGCAGUCCCUGGACACUUCAGGUCUGCGGCAUGUGCAGCUGGCCUUCUUCCCCUCGGGCACUGUGCAGCCGCUGGAGCGGGGCGUGGUCCAACAGGUGAAGGGCCAUUACCGCCAGGCCAUGCUGCUCAAGGCCAUGGCCGCGCUGGAGAGCCAGGACCCCUCUCAACUGCAGCUAGGCCUCAUGGAGGCCUUACACUACGUGGCUGCAGCCUGGCAAGCCGUCCAACCUUCAGACAUUGCCACAUGCUUUCGCGAGGCGGGCUUUGGGGGUGACCCUGAUGCCACCAUCACUACUGCCCUCAAGAGCGAGGGGGAGGAAGAAGAGGAGGAGGAGGAGGAGGAGGAGGAAGAAGAAGAGGAGGAGGAGGAAGGCGGGGAAGAGGGGGAGGAAGGGGAAGGGGAAGGCCAGGAGGAAGGUGAGGAAGAGGAGGAGGGAGGGGAAGGUGAGGAGUUGGGGGAGGAAGAAGAGGUGGAGGAGGAGGGUGAUGUUGAGGACAGUGAUGAAGAGGAGGAGGAGGAGGAAGAGGAAGAAAGCUCCUCUGAUGGCUUGGAUGCCGAGGACUGGGCCCAGGGAAUGGUGGAGGCAGGUGGCAGCUUUGGGGGCUACGGUGCCCAGGAGGAGAUGCAGUGCCCUACAUUUCAUUUCCUGGAAGGUGAGGAAGACUCCGAGUCAGACAGUGAGGAUGAUGAGGACGAGGAGGAUGAGGAUGAAGAUGAGGAUGAUGAUGAGGUGCCCGUGCCCAGCUUUGGGGAGGCCAUGGCUUACUUUGCCAUGGUCAAGAGGUACCUGACGUCCUUCCCCAUCGAUGACCGGGUACAGAGCCACAUCCUCCACUUGGAACAUGAUCUGGUCCACGUGACCAAGAAGAAUCAUGCCAGGCAGGUGGGAGUGUGGGGUUUUGGGCAUCAGAGCUGA